UUAAAGUUAAUAAUUAAGCUAUUACUUGUUUAAAUAUAUUACUUUGAUUUUUGUAUUACCUAGAUCACAAUGAAAAACAUAAUAGAAAUCCAUUUGUCAUGCCCUUGGAUCAAAAAAUUAUGCAGUACAGAGAAGAACAGGCAAAACAAGAGCAGAAAGAAAUGAUGUUUUAUAAAAGUCUACCUGCUGAGCUUAAAAGCACAUUUUUAUCAAGAUUACGAGCUCAUGCUGCACCCUACAGGAAGCCUUUGGAGUGUAGUAUGUGUGAAGAAGAAACAGCCCAAGAUCAGCUAAUUAAUACUAAAGGUUUUCAGUACAAGAACAUGAGCAUACGGGAGUACUUGCACUGUCAGAGGGAGUCCUACCACCUUCGGCAUUUGGUUUACGGGAUAAAUGCAGAAAUGAAAAGAAUGGAAGACAUAUCAUUAAAAGAAAAGAAGAACCUAAGUCUUGUUGAAAAGCACCUGGAAAAUGAAGACAAUACUUUUGAAAAACUUCUACAGGCAACUUUGGAAACCUUUGUGGAAUCAGUUAAUAUAGCAAAGCAUGAAACAGAACUUAAAUUGGAGAAAACAGCAGAAAUUAGACGGGUCAUGGCUGAAAUGGCGGCAAUUGGAGAGACCAUCAUGAAAAACAAAGAAACACUAAAUACAUAUCUGCAGUAUAAAUUGUUUUUGUUGAAUGCCUCACCACCAGCCUGGAAAAAGGAACAGGAAAGAAAAGAAAUGCUAAGAAAGGAAGCAAAACAGCAAUACACUGGGAAACAGAAUGGAGAAAAUGUGUCCCUAGCAGAAUCAGCCCCGACAGCUUUACAAGCCGAAAUGUCUGUCCCAAACAAAACAGUGAACAUCUUGUUACCUGAAUUGAUGUCUCCUAAAGAAAACGUGAGCUGCACAAGGGAGAUCACAGAUCAUUUUAUAGAAGAAUCUGAUUUUCUAGACUAUGAUGAGGAACCUGAAUUAUACUUUACGGAUCCAAAGCAGUUAUUGAAUAUUUUAUUAGAACUUGAAGAUGAUAUUAUUUCAUAUAUUCACAAUAAUCAGGAAGAUAAAGCUUGGAAGCUCAAGAUUCUUCAGCUCAGACAUAAAAGGGUUUAG